GAAAAUGUUUUUUCCUAAAGCACCAUAUAACCACUACACCGAUACAUGGCUAUCAGCAUGAUCAGGAAUCAUUUGGCAUGAGUUCCCUUCACUAAAGCACAAAUGUGCGGCAUGAUCCCGCAGUGACAGGAUUGAUCAUUUACUGGCUAUUGGGAAAGCAGCCGAGAAGCUUAGCCUGCUAUUAACACGCAGGAGUCGUUCUUCUUCCCGCUUUGAACAAAAUGGAGAAGCAGUUAACGGGAACACUCGCUCUGGCUGUGUUCACGGCAGCACUUGGCUCUCUGCAGAUAGGAUACAGUUUGGGAGUCAUCAAUGCACCUCAGAAGAUCAUCGAAAGGCACUAUGCCAGAUCUCUCGGUGUCUAUAAUGAAGAACUCACUCGUAAUGAGAGAGGCAACGAUACGGCACAUGAAGAUCAAACACAUCCUUCUGUGGUCAUGUACUGGUCUUUGUCAGUGGCUGUGUUCGCCGUUGGAGGGGUAUUGUCCUCCUUUCUGGUGGGCUUUGUUGGCGACUUUCGUGGAAGGAUCAAAGGGAUGUUGGCUAUAAACCUCCUGGCCAUAUCGGCAGGGUUGCUCAUGGGUCUGGCGCAGAUGGGCACACCUCACCUCAUGGUGAUAGCAGGACGUGCUAUCAUGGGACUUUACUGUGGAUUGACAUCUGGCUUGGUGCCCAUGUACAUUGGCGAGAUUUCCCCAGUGAAGUACCGAGGGGCUUUGGGAACACUUCAUCAGCUGGCUCUUGUAACUGGCAUCCUUCUUAGCCAAGUCAUUGGUUUAGAGUUUCUGCUGGGAAAUGAUGACAUGUGGCCUCUGUUGCUGGGUCUGUCUGGCGCUCCCGCCAUCUUGCAAAGUUUACUGUUGCUUCUGUGUCCAGAGAGUCCUCGCUACCUCUACAUCAAACUAGGCAAAACAGAAGAAGCAUGCAAGAGUCUGAAAAGGUUAAAAGGAGAUUGUGACACAUCAAGGGACAUCGCCGAGAUGCAGGCAGAGAAGGAAGAAGCCAUGAAAGAAGCCAAAAUGUCAAUUCUGAGGCUCCUUCGUUCCUCUGUGUAUCGCAAGCAGCUCUUUGUGGCCUUGAUGAUGCAUUUAUCACAGCAAUUCUCAGGGAUUAAUGCUAUCUUUUAUUACUCCACUGCGAUCUUCCAGACAGCGGGCGUUGGGCAGCCUGUGUAUGCCACCAUUGGAGUGGGAGUUAUAAACAUCAUUUUCACCCUUGUGUCGGUGGCUUUGGUGGACAGGGCGGGCAGGCGGACUCUCACUCUAAUUGGUUUGGCAGGAAUGUGUUGCUGUGCUGUGGCCAUGACGGUGGGCAUGGCUUUUCAGGAUGUUUACCCAUGGAUGAGCUAUCUCAGUAUGACAGCCAUUUUCCUUUUCGUAUCAUUCUUCGAGAUCGGGCCAGGACCGAUCCCAUGGUUCAUUGUGGCUGAACUCUUCAGUCAGGGGCCACGUCCAGCGGCUAUCGCAUUAGCUGGGUGCUGCAACUGGACUAGCAAUUUUAUUAUUGGCAUGUUCUUUCCUUAUUUAGAGAGCCUUUGUGGGAGCUAUGUCUUCAUAAUUUUUGCAGUACUCCUGUUUGGAUUCACUAUUUUUACCUACUUACGAGUACCUGAAACAAAGGGGAAGACUUUUGAGGAAAUAGCAGCAGGCUUCCGAGGCAAGCGAGGUGCUUCUCCCUCUAAAGCCCUUGCUGAGACUGAAAUGGAGCAGCUCAAGAGCUCCACAGAGGCUUAAAGAUUCAAUGGAAACUGUGGAAUGAGGAACGUUACUGCUUUCACAGAACUUAUCUGCUGUAUGGAGCCUUACCAUUACUUGUAAAGAAAUAACAUGAUGUUCUGUAGUAAACUCAAUAGCAUAAUCAUGAAGUGAGCAACAUACACUGUGGACUUUGACUUUUGGGCAUCUGAUAUUGAUAUUAUGGAGACUUAAAACAUUUUUUUUAUAUUUCCAAAGUUAUAAAGUGUAUUGUUCAAUUUUUUAAUGUUGAUAUAAUACAAGCCACUUUUGAAGGAAAGUGACAUCUUCAAAUAGUUUCACUUGAAGUUAAAUCUGAAAGAUAUUUUUCUAUGUUGAGAUGUUGACUUACCAGAAUUACGGUUUGUUUAAUUUUAUGUUUAUCUUUCUGAAGCAUGAUACUUCAGAAAACAACAUCUUAUGAUGCCAAAAUAUAUUGAUUCAUUUGAAUCUAAAAUAGAGUUCUAGUUAAAAAAUCCCAUAACAUCAAAUAUUAAAGUCUGUCCUUAGCAAACUUCUGAAUUGCUUGUAAAGACCAACCAAGAAUUGGUUGGGAUGAUCAGUAAAUUAUUCACUCUCUGGAUUUUGUCACAGCUUUGAUUCAUAGAACCGAUGGUGGAGUUUAUUUAAGAUUUAUUUAAGGAUCACUCGUAAUCAUAAGGGAACCCCUUUUAGUGCUUUUUUACACCAUUUUGUAUAAAAAUGGUAUAUGACUAAUAGCCAGGAAAUAAUAAUAAAUAAAAGGUUAAAUAAAUGUAUUUGUUACAGCGUAGUUUCAUAAAAGUAAAAUUAGUUUUUUAUGACCUAAAACUUUGUUGUAAAAAUGACCUUUUUUAUAGAAACCAGAAGAUUUUCUGAUAAAGAGGAAUAGCUUUGCAAAUCAUGAAUAGCACACAUUACACAAAUUUCAUUGUAAGAGAUAGGCAAGGGUUACAGUAAGUGAUUAAUAACUUGCUGUAUAUCUUGGCACGUCCCACUUAUACAGCUAUCUUAUAGCUUUACAACAAUUUUACAGUUUUGUAAUAGUGAUAUGGGGCGACACAGUGGCUGUGUAGGUAGCACUAUUGCCUCACAACAACAACAUGUCCCCAGUUUGAACCAUUGCUGAGUCAGGAGGUCUUUCUGUGUGGAGUUCUCUCUGUGCCAGUAUGGGUUUACUCUGGGUAGCCCAGUCUAAAGGCAUGCAGGUUCGGUUAUCUGGAGAUGCCAAAUUGCCUUUCCUGCAACGUGUUUAUAGAUCAACUUGUGUACAGAUUGAAUAGCCCUUGCUAUGAAUAUAGCCAUUAAAACUGGAAUAACAUAACUGCAUAAAUGUUUAUUUUGUAUGAACUAUUCAUUUAACUACAUGAUGUGUUUGUGCCACAUUGUAUUCACAUACUUGUUUCUAUAACAUCAAAUGUACAUAAAACAUUAGAUCAAUUUUGACAGUGAAGGCACAAUCACUGAGAAAAAAUGAUUUAUUAGCUAAUUUAAGGGGUAUGGACAGCUGAUAUCUCUCUCUUUAUACUGAUAAAGUUGUCUUUUUUCCUUAUCAAAUAAUUUUAAACCAAAACUUUUUCCCAAAUGUUAUAGUUUAUAUAGAUAUAAUGAUAUAGAGUAAAUAUCAUUAAAUAAAACAAGCAUGCCUUUUCAAAACAACAACAUUAAUCUAUCCUUUGGAAUCUGUUGCUAUUGUCAUUCCUAUAUUAAAGCUUUACAUCAUGUCACCUUGAUGAGCAUGUACUUGAAAAAUGUAUUGCAAAUAUGCUAAUAAAUUAUUACUUUUACAUCAA